AUGUGUAAGACUGUGUUUUACCAUCUCCAGGAUCGCUGCCUAACUGGGAAACUGGAACCUGUGUCUCCUUCAAGCCCGCCACAUGUGGAAGGAGAUUUGGAUUUGCUACCCACUCGCCUUUCUAAGGAAGAGCUGAUCCAGAACAUGGACAGGGUGGACCGUGAAAUCACCAUGGUGGAGCAGCAGAUCACCAAGCUCAAGAAGAAACAAGUAAGUUUAUUUACAUAUUCCAGUUGUGUCAGUGUCAGACAUUUAACCACUUGA